AUGAGGAGUAUGCGAUCUCCAAACACUCUGAUCAUUGUCGCCUUCCUCAUCGGCGCGGUGAAGGCAGCCAGCAGCAACAGCACAACCAGUGUCGAAGGGCUGACAUUAGUCUCUGCAGUAUUUAAAUAUGACCCAAGUAAAGCCGCGGCAGCUGUGGCAGGCGGGUUGUAUUCCAUCGCUAGCAUUUGCCUGUUCGUGCGCUUGUUUAUGAACAAGGCAUGGUGGGGACUUUGUCUCCCUAUAGCCUCAACCUUUAUGUCCAUUGGCUUUUUUAUGCGCAUACCCAUGGCGAUGAACCCAAAUUCUCUCCCGAUUUUCAUGGUCCAAGAACUCUUCACUUUGUUACCUCCUGCCGCAUAUCUCGCCUUCAAUUACAUCCUUUACGGGCGUUUCAUCGUGAACUGCGUGGACAGACGCUACUCUUGGAUCAAGCCAGAGAAAGUUGCCCAGUACUUCGUUAUCAGCGACAUUACGACAUUCCUCAUACAGGGUGCAGGUGGCGGUCUGGAAGUGUCGACGAAAGUGACAAGCGAAAAGCUGGGCGCGGACGUACUGCUCGCCGGAUUAAUCAUUCAGACACUCUCAUUUGCGCUCUUCAUGAUCCUGGUUGCGCAUGCAUGGCAUGCUAUCCUUCGAGAUGGUUUUCUGGUCCGGCAGGAGCCAUGGGGGCCAAUUCUCUGGAUAUUGAUGUUUUCUUCAACAGCCUACAUGAUUCGCUGCAUCUAUCGUGUCAUCGAGCUUGGUCAAGGUCACGGCGGCUAUCUCGUCACCCAUGAAAUCUACUUCUACCUCCUCGACUCCCUGCCAUUGUUGAUUGGCAUUUGCACAUACAUCAUCUUCUGGCCAACGAAGUAUCUCGAAGCGUCGGCCAAGCCCAAUAAUGAAAUGACAGAACGGUAUUAA